GUAAACGCUCAUGUCUAAGAAAGAUUCAAGAUGGAGACUUCCUGCUCAACGACCACAAUAUAAACAGAAUUCUCCACGAGACAUUGUACUAGCGUUUUAGAUGAUGGGGACCUAACGAUGUUUUUUUCGAAAAUGAAAGUAGAGACACGCUGAUAAUACACGAGGACAACGUUCAGAUUCAAUAUGCUGAAGCCCAUCUGAAUUGUGCGUGAAACAUGCGGCACAGAAUCGUUUGAUUAACUGUUGGUCAUGGUCAUACAUGGCGAAUGCACAGUUUUGAACUGUAAAGUAACUAGGAUACUCGAACUAGCGCAGUUACAACAUGACAGUGUUUUCGUCUUCACGAAACUAGAUAUAUUGAUAGAAGGAAAAAUGAAGAUUAAAACGGAUAUUUGUAUAGCACUUGGGUGACGAUUGUUUUGAGAAGUGGGAAAACAUUUCAAACAAAUCUAUCUCUACAAAGAACAAUGUUUCACUAGUGAUGGUCAUGUAGUCACCCAGCAGAGAUGGAUAGUAUUGUUAUUGAGGGGAUUGGACAUGUAGGGGAGGUACCUGGCCAAAUCACUGAAGAUGACCCUCCUGACCAUCCUGACCCAGAUGUUCUAGAAGACAACUCUAAUGACCAUCAGCUGUGUGAAGUCAAUGAUGACAAUGUCAUUAAAGUUGAACCCAGUGUGGACAAUUCUGGGGUGGGCGAUUCCAUUGUUGUUGACCAUGGUGUGGGCAUUCAUAAUGAUAUGCAUGAAGGGGAGGUGAUUGGCCUGCUGCUUCAAAGCCACGGGAUUGAGGAAGACCUAGUACAUGACAUUGACCCACAACAGUUGGAUGUGUCAGUUUCUAUUCCUGAUCAUGGCCUUAUUCCUGCUGACACCACUGCCCAGACUGUGCAGGCUGUUACCUUGGCUGAUGGCACUACAGCUUUUAUACAACAUCCUAAAGGGAGAAAGUUUUUAGAGGGUCAGACUAUUACACUGGAGGAUGGCAGUACUGCUGUGGUACAAGGAUUAAGUCAAGUGUCCAACUUGCCAAGCCAGAUUGAAACAGGGCCCGAUAAUAUUACGGAUGAGGUGGACUUGAAGGACAUCCACCAGCUCCAGGUCCAGCAGAUGACCCUUGUAGACAGUACACAUAUUGUGGAUGGUCAAACGCUCCCAGAAAGUCACACCCACAUGACUGAUGGCCAGCCUGUACAAUUAGAGGAUGGAACCACAGCCUAUUUACAUACUACCCCAAAAGAGGGACUACAAGCCAUACAGUUAGAGGAUGGAACUACAGCAUACAUUUCCCAUCCGACACCUGAGGCACUCUUUGGGGAUGCUGCUAACCUUGACUCCACCCCUCUAAGUCUGGAGCAGCUUUCAACUCAGGUGUCAGCAGAACAAUUGAAAACAUGUUCAGAUAUGGUUCAAGCGUCUGAAACCAAAACAGUCAGUGUGACGAAUGGAACAGGUGGAGUGGUGAACAGCAUAACUGUGAUUGCUGCAGGUCUGACUGGGGAUGGAAAACCAAUCAACAUUGAUGAAAAAGCAUACAAGUGUAGCUUUGAGGGGUGUGGUCGCCUCUACACCACCCAGCAUCAUCUUAAGGUCCAUGAGAGAUCCCACACUGGUGACAGACCAUUUAAAUGUGAUUUUCCCUCUUGUACCAAAGCCUUUGCCACAGGCUAUGGUCUGAAAAGUCACACACGAGUACACACAGGAGAAAAGCCUUACAAAUGUCCCGAGGAAAACUGUGAUAAAGCAUUUAAAACUUCAGGGGACUUGCAGAAACAUGUGAGAACACAUACAGGAGAACGUCCAUUUAAAUGUCCAUUUGAGGGCUGCAAUCGGUCAUUCACAACAUCCAAUAUACGAAAAGUACACAUCCGUACACACACAGGAGAGCGUCCAUAUGUAUGUCAAGAGGAGGGCUGUGGGCGAGCAUUUGCUAGUGCCACAAACUACAAAAAUCAUAUCCGCAUUCAUACAGGAGAGAAGCCGUAUGUAUGUACAGUACAUGGUUGUGGAAAGAGAUUCACAGAAUAUUCUAGUCUUUACAAACACCACGUCGUACACACACACUCCAAACCUUAUGUGUGCAAUCAUUGUGGAAAGACAUACAGACAGACAUCUACUCUGGCUAUGCACAAACGUACUGCGCAUGGAGAGGACAUAUCUCCUGAAAGUGAGGCUCAAUUACUAGCUCAACACCGUAAUCCAGAAGAUGAUGACGAUGAACCUCCAGAGAAACGGGCAAAGUUUCCAUAUGCCUUGGCCACAACAGAGGGUACGGCUUCUCAGGAGGAUGCAACCAUAGCCAUAACAACAUCAGAGGCCCAGCAGGCUCAGAGCUCACUGAUGGCUGGUGCCACUGUGUUGGGGACAGGGACAGAGGAACAAGCUGUUGUGACUAUGCAACAGACACAGACGACAGCUGCACAGCUUCUGGGCCAGCUACAGCAGCAACAGCAGGGCGUAGCAACAAUCACUGUAGGCGACCAGGGCCAGCAGGUUUAUGUCAUAACUGAUCCAGCUCAGCUGGAAGCUCUGCAGCAACUAGCACAGCAGCAGUUGGAGGGUCAGGACACACUGGAUGGUAGUGCUAUUCUUGGCCAGGAGGUUGUCCAGUCUACUGCAGAAGGCAUCAAUGUUUCCGACGUCCAACAUGUUACCAUGUCCUUUCAAUGACAACAGUAAUGAACUUAUUGAUAAUGAUAUACUAUUUUGAUGUUGGAGUGGCAAUACAGUGAUAUGUAGCUCAGUUGAACCUACCAUUGAAGUGUUAGGAACGUGUCAUUGCUAUUAUAGAGAUAUGAGAACUUAGUCAUAGUAACUGUGGUGAUGACGUGAUAUGUUAAAGUUACCAUGGUGAUAUGAUGUUAUAAUUACCCUGAUUUUGUAAGAUCCAGUUAUAUUUACCAUGGUGAUGCAAGAGUAAGAUAUAGAUAUUAUGAUGAUGUAAUUCAUGUUAAAGUCACCGUGGUUAUGAAAGGUUAUGUCGUAGUUACUAUGGUAAUGUGACACCAUGUCAUAGUAAUGAUGGUGAUAUAAGAUCAUGUUACAGUUACCAUGGUAAUGUUAGAUCAUGUUAUAGUAACCCUGGUUAUGUAAAAUUGUGUUAUAGUAACCAUGGUUAUGUAAGAUCAUGUCAUAGGAAAUGGUUUUGUAAGAUCAUGUUAUGGUAACCCUGGUUAUGUAAGAUCCUGUUAUUGUAACCAUGGUGAUGUGAUAUCAUGUUAUUAAAACAUUUCUUAUUUGUCCAGAUAAAAUGACUAAAAUGUUCUUUAAAGUGUGUUUUCGGUUCCAUGGACUUGUGGACAUGACACCCCCGUCAGUAACAGUUAAAUCACCUGGACACUGAAAAACUAUCUUUUCAAAAUUGUAUGGUCAUUUAUUUUGGUAGUUUCUUCAAGUCUAUUAAAAAUGGUACAGAUAAACUUAUCUAAUAAUUUUGAUUAAGGUCAUGUUUCAGACUGACUCAAGUUACAGUUUUUAGCUCGGUGGCAAAAAGUGCCUGAUAGCUAAUGCAAUGGCACUGCAUUGGCUGUUUUCUGGACAUGAUUACGUUGUAUAAAGACUAAUAUUGCCUUCACGUUUAUUCAAGGUCAUUGUCAUAGAUGUCCAUAUUCUGAUGGUGAUAUACCUGGACAAUAGAAGAUGACCUUGAUCCUAAUCAGUUAGUCCAUGUAAACCAGAAAGCAUGCUGUACUACAUUCUGUCUGUAAUAUAUUAGAUCCACAGUCCAUGUUCUUUUUAUUUAAUUUGGCAUUUGGCUUGUAGAACAUGCAGAUAAAUGCAUUAUGAUCACUCUAGCCUCUUGAUUGGCUGAGCUACAAAAAGUCAUAGCUUCAGAAAUGUCAACAUACCAAAGUAUGAACAGUCAAAUAGAUCUUCUAUUUAUAUUAUUGCUAUAAGACGGAUAUGUGGCCUUAAUAUAGUAUUUGAAAGUUUCUCUUUUUUUAACACAAUCCUACACAGUGCAUUAAAAACACUUAAUAUUCAAGAUCAUUUUUAAAAAUUUAAACAGAAGAACAAGAGUUCAGGAGCAUUACAUUUUCCAGUUCAGCAACAACAUAAUACAAAGUCAGUAGAGACGUACUCUCACCUUAUCAAUUUAGGCUAGCCUAUACACUAGCAGUAAGAAAAUCUGUGUAGCUGACACCUUUUUAUUCAAGUAAAUUUAGCUAGCAUUUGAUGAUCACUAGCAUUUUGAUGUCUUAUCUAUCAAAUUUAUUUUUAUUGUAUUUAAUGGUUAUUUCCUGUAGUAUGUUAAUAGAUAUUGAACUACCCCAAGUGGAGAACUAAGGAUUGUAAUACAUGUAUAAAAUCUGUGACUGUUUCUGAACAACCACCUUGUCAGAUUGAUACUUAGGAAAGUAACAAACAUGUUCAACUCUCAGCAAAAUUGUACCUGUAAUGUAAACAUGUGCAGUCAUGAUUUUGAAUUAUAUGUUUGCUUUUGUCGAAGCAUUUACAUUUUACUUUAUUUCAUUUCCAACUUUUCGAAAAUCAUAAGAAAGAAACAAUUCCUGUAGAUUUUGUCAUGCAUUUCACCCUCUCGAUCCAGUUCCAGUAAGAGUAUAUAAAGUGUUUCUACUUGUAUUAUGAAUUUAUUCUGGGGUGGUUUAAUUUCUCAGGUAAUUGGUAGAGUUAGACUAUAAUAUGUAGGGUGCACAGAACUUUAUAGUAUAGUAAGUAGUACAUUUACAUAUAUAUCUUAACUAUUAGAUUACCCUUAUCUUAUAAUGAAAUUAACAAUUCUACAUGAAAACUCAAAUAAAAACCAGGAAGUGCAAAAAUCAUCAUGAGGCUUUGAAAUUGUAUAGAAAUCUCUGUUUUACCUUUAUAUUUCUUGAUUGAGGAGUAUAAUAACAAGUUUUGUAGCUACAUACUCUUAUGUAUAUAUCAUACAUAUAAUUUAUUUGCAAAAAGAUGUCAAUAUUUUUUUUUUGUAUCAAUAUCUUCUGUUUACACUGCUUCAAAGACAUUCAUGAUCUCCAUCCUAUCACCAGACUGGUGACAUGUCAUAUUAGUGUCCUAAUUGGUGAUAAUACAUAAAAUCAUAUUAGUUUUGAAUGCACUGUCAGCUAUUGUAUGACGUUAAUAGUUAAAUUGUUUCACUAAGUUUACAAAGUUUUUAAUUCAACUUAUGUUCAU